AUGCGAGAAAGCCCCACUGUGACUUCAUCCACCAUCCGCAGCUACAGCUCGUACACCGAGGACUCUCCUAUCACCAGCACAACCUCCUACACCAUCAGCACCAAGCCUGGUUAUGAUUACUCCAGCACCACGAGCCCCACUUCCUACACUUCAACAACAUACAGGAGCAGCAGGUCAGAUGAUAGUCUGUCGGACCCGAUCUACUCAAAAUCCUCCACCAGGAGUGUGUACUCAUCUUCUGAUAGGACGCUGCUGGAGAAGGACCUGUGCACCACCUGCCGCAAGCCGUUCACCGGCGACGCCAAGAUGGUGCUGGAGGACAUCAACGUCAACUGCCACGCCUCCUGCUUCAAGUGUGACGUGUGCAGCAGCACUCUGGGUCACCUGAAGGCCGGGGACAGCAUGUGGGUCUACAGAGGCAUGGUGCACUGCGAGAACUGCUUGAGGUCACCAGAGCAAAAUGGCGUCACUGAGCCUCCACAGUGAAGAAGCAGAGUGCUGCUGAUCCGUGUGCUUUGGGUUCUCGUGUUGUCGCAGUAUAACAAGCAGGAAGAUUUUUAUCUGGGAGGUUUGACAAGUGACUUUUUUCCAAUAACAAGCAGGACUGUGUAGCGCACAGAAUACUUCAUACUAUAUACACUGUACUGUUUCUAUGUUUACCCCACAAGCUACCUUUACUGAAGUUUGCAGCUGUUUUUGGGGACUCUUGUGUGUAAUGUGAUAGUUAAUACUGCAGUGAGGGCCGGGGGCUUUUUUUUUGUGCAAUACUGAAGUCAAUAAAGCAUCUUAAUCUGCAAAACAAAUGAGUGUCAUGAAAAUAAAUG